AUGCCGUCUCGAAAUUCCACAGUGCCCAAUCUGGACCUCAAAUCCCUGAAAACCGACACGGACAACGGCAAAAUUCCUUCUCCUCUCACACCUGGUGCUCAGAGCUCCGACGGGCUCAGCCCCUUGACGCCACGAUCGCCCAAGUCUGAGUCGAGCUCACCCUUCUUCAAGGGGACGACCAUUCGUCCGGUCACCCAGGACUCAAGUACCAAAGCGACCAGCCCUACAAUUGCGCCCUCGUCCGGCAAUCUAACCGCCGACACUGCGCCUGAGCCCUCAACACCCGGUCUGACUGCUAUCCCGCAGUAUUUCUCUUCUCCGAACGACUCGUCCAAACACGCGCGCGAUGCCUCGAAGUCGUUUUUCGGUACGUUGAAAGCGCCGAAGUCGUCUCAUCGAACACAGCGCUCGGAUAGCUCCGAGAACUCGACAGAACCCCCAAAGAGCCGAGGUAGCUCGAGGGAUCGCAAGUCAUCAAUGACGCCGAAAAUGACCGAGUCGAUCCCGGACUUACCUACGACCAUUGGCCGAGCAGCGGAAACUGAGAAGAGCGGGGCCUCUUCUGGCGAUAAGCGCACGCAACAAACAGCCCUGAGGAAGACGGGCACCGACGUGGAUUCCCCACACAAGAAGAGCAAGCCGCGGUUUGCAAAUCUCUUGACGCGAUCUCGAUCCAUCCGAGUUGAUGAUUCGUCUGGGAAUAGAGCCAUCGGUCGACGACCAUCAACUGGCCUGGCUAAGUUGGAGGAGUCCAACCAGAGCGAGUCGCAGAGGCCACCACGCACUGCCACGACCACUACUACGGUUACCUCUAAUACUACUCCAGCAACAACCACACGCACCGAGCGCUCUACUCAAGGAGGAAUGAACCUGCCCCCUCAGCGCUCUACGCAAGGUGGAUUACAUCCUCCUGCCCAGCGCUCAGCGGAUGGCGCCUCUCUUCGGAAGGAGAGGAGCUAUGGGGGCUCCAUGGUCACAUCAGGUUCUUUGAGCCAGGUUUCGGGCGCGUCUGCCGCAAUCUUCAACAAUCUUAAGCAGUCCUCCAACGGUGCUGCAGAUCGCCUUGGUAAGGCCGGCAAGGGCUUUUUUAGCAAGAUCACUCGCAGUGGCAGCACCAACGAGCGGGAGCUCAUCAAUGACGACUCCUACGUUUGCUCCGUGAUCAACCUUCCGCUUAUUGAACAAGCACGGAAGACACGCAUUUGCAAGAAAUUGGAGGACUGCAGAGACAAGACUGAAUUCUGGAUGCCUGCUCUUCCAUACCGCUCCAUUGAUUAUCUUAACUUCAAGGGCUGCGAGGAAGAGGGUCUCUACCGAGUACCAGGAAGUGGCCGCGAGGUCAAGCACUGGCAAAGGCGAUUUGAUUCAGAGUUGGACAUUGACCUCUUUGAAGUGCCUGAUCUCUACGACAUCAACACGGUCGGGUCCUUGUUUAAGGCCUGGCUUCGUGAACUUCCCGACGAGCUCUUCCCCAAGGCGACACAAGACAUGAUCGCCCAAAAGUGUGAGGGUGCCACCACUGCCCCGCAAUUACUGAAGGAUGAGCUCUCCAAGCUCCCGCCGUAUAACUACUACCUCCUCUUCGCCAUUACCUGCCACCUCAACCUCCUUCACUCUUAUGUCGAUCAAAACAAGAUGGACUACCGCAAUCUAUGCAUCUGCUUCCAGCCUUGUAUGAAGAUCGAUGCAUUCUGCUUCCAAUUCCUGGUCUGCGACUGGAAGAACUGCUGGCAGGGUUGCUGGACCGAGAAGGAGUUUGUCCAGAAGGAGAAGGAAAUGGAUGAGCAGGAGGCGGCGGCCGCGGAAGAGAAGGAGGCUACUAAGGCCAAGUCCCAGGUUGCCCAAGCGCCCCAGUCUUCUGCGAGCCACGAACGUGCCGUCUCGUCCGGCUCCAGCUCUAGUGAAAAAACCAAAGAGGAACGGCCUCGGCCGGAAACCUCUCGGGGCCGGAAGCCCAAGCCGAAGAACAUUGAGACCGGUCAUACAAACCACACAAGAAGCAUAUCACAGCUUCCCGAGCUUGGCCCACCCCUUUCGCCCAUCAAGAUCUAG